AUGUCUUCGUCUGCCUCUCUGUCGCAUCGCUCGGUGCGGUGCCCGACUUUCUGGCGCCAUAUCUUCCAGCUCGUUGCCGUGCUGAUUGUCGUGGGGAGCCUCUGGGAAGCGCUGCGCGUUCAUCAACGGGUCCGGCCAUCGCCCGCCAUCCCCUCAGAUCAAGCCUCCCGACACGGUCGCAUCUAUAUCGCUAGCAUCCAGAGCAACGCCGAGGACACAUUGCGCCGUCACUGGAAUCAUGCCGUGGUGGAACUGGCCCGAACGCUAGGCCCCGAGAACGUGUAUGUGAGCGUAUGGGAGAGCGGCAGCGAAGAUGAUACUCAGGAUGCGCUACAAGAUCUCGACCGCGGCCUAGAUCGCUUUGGGAUACCUCGAAAUAUCACACUGGGCUUUCCAACCCGUGCGGAGGAGGCUCUCACGGCGGCGAAAGAGCACGGAUGGAUGGCCGGCACUCAUCAGAUCAAAAAGCAGAGACACAUCCCCUACUUGGCCCGCCGGCGCAAUGCCUCCUUACAGCCGUUCUACAACCUGCUGGCAGAUGGAAUCACUUUUGACCGGAUUUUGUUUCUGGAGGAUGUGGUCUUCAUGACGGCGGAUGUCCUUCGUCUUUUGGACACGAACGAGGGCGACUAUGCGGCAGCGUGCGCCCUCGACUUCGCCCAGCCCCCGCGAUACCACGAUAGUGGCACCUUGAGAGACUCGCAGGGUCAUCGACCGAUCAUGUCCACAUGGCCUCUAUUCCGCGCCGCCGACUCGAGACGCGCCAUGCAAAACUUGUCACCCGUUCCGGUGGCGAGCUGCUGGAAUGGAAUGGUCGCCAUGCCGGCACAUCCCUUCAUGGACGAUCCGCCACUGCAGUUCCGAGGCGUUCCCGACCAACUGGCCGCUGCCCGAUUUGAAGGUUCCGAGCGCUGCCUGCUGCAUGCCGACAAUCCUCUGUCAGCUACUCGGGGCCUAUAUGUGAAUCCUCACGUGCGUGUGGCCUACGGAGGUGCGACGUACGCAGCCGUGCAGCCCGUCCAGAGCUGGUUGUCCUUUUGGCAUGUCCUGGGGUCGCUGUGGGAAAGUCGCCUGCGACGUAGCGUGCCCAUUCCGUCACCAACUGAAUGGAGGAUAUGCCGGCGCCUGGCGCGAUGGGAGAGUCGCAGCACGUUGAAUCGCGAGCCCGGUCGCUUCUGUCUUCUGGACCACUCACAGGAAUUCCUUCUCUCGGGUGAGGUAGACUGA